AUGGUACAAGGAGCAAAUUUCAUCUUACAUCCUGGUCUACGGUUUGUUUGCCUAAAGCUUUUGGUGGAUUGGGGUUUGGUGAAGGAUCUAAGUGGAACAAGGCAUUGCUUGCAUAUCCCUGUCAAUUACAAGCAAUUUGUUUGGAACAGAGUGAGUGUUCCUAAGCAUAGGUUCAUCGCUUGGCUUGUGGUCAAUUCUAAGUUGUUAACUAGGGACCAUUUACAUCGAGUGAUGCAGCUAGAUUCUUCUCUUUGUCCGGUCUGUGAUCAAGAGAUGGAGAGUCAUAGUCAUCUGUUAUUUGGCUAUUGUUUCUCUCAGCAGGUUGUUCAAAAGGUUCAUGACUGGUUUGGCUGUUCUUGGCCUCUUAUCUACUCGGACUGGUGCAUAUGGAUUGGUGGUAUGAGCAAGGGGGUUAGAGCCUCUAAAGUGGCGGCUGUGUUCUCUGCUACGGUCUACUAUUUGUGGCAUAACAGAAACAUUUGUGUUGUCCAUAAUUACUCUCUUAGUAUUAUGGCUGUAGUUGAGUUGAUAAAAAAAACAUUAAGUGUAGACUGA